AUGUGUACCUGGAUGCGAGAACAUCGUGCAAGUGCAACUUGGAUUGACACAAAAAAGGACGAAUUGAAACUUGACGCCGUUCCGACAGUGUUCCACGAACAAAGCGAGCCAGCAACUUCGACACUGCAGGCAGCUCGACAGGGUCAAGCGCAAGUGAAGGACCAGGUGCUGCUGAUCCAAGUCCCAUCCAUCCAUGAAACGGCAUCAAACAAUGAUCUUCCAGAACAGUGCUUUCUUCGUCCAAGUUCAAGAAGUAAAGAGAAUGACUUCAUGGCUUCUACUGACAUCUCACAGCUACAUGCCAAGACAAAAUAACUUGAAAACAGGAAAUGAAAAGAAAAAAAA